GCUGAUGCAUGAGCCUAUGCAUUGAUGACACAAUCAUAUGCUUGACUAAGAACAAGCACGGCAACAGAUGGCGCAUGUGUGCAGAUUAAUACAGAUGCAUUGCAUCCAUUCAAUUCUAUGCCUUCCUUGUCCUUCUCCACUGUUCGCAAUAAUAAUUCCCUUAUCUCGUAUGGUUUUUUCUGCUUGUAAACUUUGAAAUUUGGCGCGUUCUCUUCUCGGUGGUCAUGGAGGGAAAAGGAAAUGAGAUGACUCUCUAGAUAGCAAUUUUGUGAUGGCAACUAAGUUGUCAUUUACAAUAACAUUGUUUCGAGCUAAAGCACUGGGGUUGUUGCAAUCCUAUUGAAGGGCCGUUUGGCCAAAUCCAUUCCGUGCGUUUGAAGCCCAUUAAGGGCCCGACUUGAGCCCAACAGAGGCUUUCCCUUUCUCAGUGUAUACACAGCAGAGGCUCUGGUUUUCUGCGCUGAUAGGAACUCCAACCAUGGAAUCCAUGGAAAUUCAAACCUCAUGCCGUUUACUCUGCGUUGAAAGGUCUGCAUCCAUGGCGUCGAUCACACGCAUGUCGUCGACCCUUUCCUGGCUACUUUGUAUGACUGAUUUCUCAACAAUUUUCUCUUGUUUUGAGUCGAAGUUUUCAAUCAAAUAGAUUGCAGCAAUGGCGUCUCAAUUGCGGUUUCUCUUCGUCGUCACCGUGCUGCACUUGUUCUUCCUCCUUCUCCAUGCAGGAUCGCUGGGUUCCCAAGCAAGGGCGCUGCUCCGGUGGAAGUCCACCCUAGGCGGCCACCACCAUUCCCUCCUCCGUUCGUGGAACCUCGCGCAGUCCUCUCCCUGCAACUGGACAGGGGUUACCUGCCGCCUCACCCGCAGAGAUCGCCGGCCGGUGAUCGUCGGGCUACAGUUGUCUGGUAUGUCCCUCGACGGUUCACUCCACGCUUUAAACUUCUCGCAGCUUGGGUCGUGGCUUGCGCACCUCAACCUCACUCACAACCACCUCGGCGGCAGCCUUCCUCCGGCCAUUGCGGCCCUCUCCGGGCUCGUGUCGCUCGACCUCGCAUUCAACCAACUGAGCGGUGACAUCCCCGGCGAGAUUGGCUCCAUGAGGAGGCUCCGGGUCUUGAGCCUCAGACACAAUCUAUUAGUCGGCCCUUUGCCUCCGUCGUUGAGUAACCUCACUGAGCUCGUGCAAUUGCUCCUGGGCGAAAACAACUUGGCGGGUGCAAUUCCUGAAGGCUUGGGGAGACUCCACGAGCUCGCAGUGCUCGGCCUAGCUGACAACAACUUCUCCGGCUCCAUACCUUCCUCUUUAUCCAACUUGACGAAACUCUACUUCUUGCGCCUUCAGCAGAAUCACUUAACUGGAUUCAUCCCCCAUGAACUUGGAAACUUGAUCCGCCUUGAAUUCCUCUCCAUCUCGGACAACAAGCUAACUGGCACGCUCAAUCCAUCCUUGGGCAAUCUGACCAAGUUGCAAUCUCUGUUUCUAGUCACAAAUGAGUUAGCCGGCUCCAUUCCGCCGGAGUUCGGUGAGCUCAUCGAGAUCACCGGACUUUCUCUCUCGAGCAACCUUUUAACCGGCGGCAUCCCCUCUGCUCUUGGAAAUUUGACAAAGUUGAAGGUAGUUUAUCUCUGGAACAAUAGCUUGUCAGGCUCUAUCCCUCGUGAGAUUGGAAAUCUGAUUGGUCUUUCCAUUCUUGAUCUCUCGGAGAAUCUGUUAGCAGGCUCAGUUCCUUCCAGCCUUGGAAAAUUGACCCAACUAGAAAGCAUGUUACUGGCGGACAACCACCUCUCCGGGCAAAUUCCGGCCAGUUUUGGGAAUCUCACCAAGCUCACAACCUUAGCUCUCCAGCAAAACCACCUCUCUGCUUCAGUCCCUCCCUCACUUGGCAACUUAAGGAACCUUACUGACCUACGCUUGUUCAUCAAUCAAUUAUCUGGCCCUUUGCCUCCUGAAUUCAACAACAUCACGGGAUUUACAGCACUUAUGUUGUCAGGUAACAACUUCACUGGACAUUUGCCUCCAAAUCUAUGCCGAGGAGCCUUGCAAUACCUCGCUCUCAGUGACAAUAGCUUCGGGGGUCCCCUUCCUGCCACUUUGAAAGAUUGCACAAGCUUAUUAAUUGUCUCUCUUGACCACAACCAGCUCACAGACAAUGUAUCAGAAAGCCUGGGAGUGUAUCCACAUCUUUCCUACAUGGAUUUGAGUUUCAACAGAUUUUCUGGCACAUUGUCACCAAAAAUUGGAGAAUGGCACAACUUGACAUUCUUGAGCAUCUCAAACAACAAAAUCACAGGUGCCAUACCAGAAGAGUUUGGACAGUUGACACAACUGCAAGAUUUGGAUGCUUCUUCCAACUCACUGCGAGGAGAGAUUCCGAAGAGCUUGGGUACCUUAACUCUACUCUUCAAAAUGAACUUCAGUGAUAAUAAUCUUGUCGGAGAGCUACCACAGGAGUUUGGAAUGAUGUCUAAUCUUGAAGUACUUGAUAUGUCAAGCAAUAAUUUGACAGGAACAAUACCUUAUCAAAUCGGAAGUUGCUCGAAACUCCGUUUGCUGAAGCUAGACCAAAACAAUUUCAGCGGUAGAAUUCCUGCAGAGAUUGGCAAUCUGGUGAAUCUUCAGAACGAGCUUGAUAUCAGUCAGAACGCACUCACAGGGGAGAUGCCAUCACAGUUUGGCAAACUGAAGAUGCUGCAAAAUUUGAAUCUCUCACACAAUCGCUUGGGGGGCAGCCUUUCAUCUUCCUUAGCCGACAUGGUUAGCUUAUCGACUAUCGACUUGUCAUACAAUGGAUUUGGAGGGCCUGUUCCUGAUAUCGAGAUUUUCAGAAAUGCUCCGGUACAGUGGUUUUUACAAAACAAAGAUUUGUGUGGCGUAGUGAAAGGUUUGCCUCCUUGUGCUUCAUCUGCUACCACAAGAGAGGAUCGGGGGCAACAGUAUAGAGUUAUCAUUGCAAUUAUUCUUCCUUCUGCGGCCGUCUUGUUCUUCCUACUGACGAUUGUUAGCUUCGUAUUACAUCGAAAAAGGAAGGAAUCACAUAUGAACUCUGAUGUAAAUAAUCAUCACAAUGAAGUAUUCAGUAUAAUGAAUUUUGAUGGUCAGUAUGCUUACAAGGAGAUCCUUGAAGCCACAGAAGAUUUCAGUGACAGAUUAUGUAUUGGUACUGGGGCAAAUGGCACUGUGUAUAAGGCAAAGCUACCAAGUGGUGAGAUCCUUGCAGUGAAGAAGCUUCACUUAGAGGAAAAUGAAAGUGUUUUCAGCCACAAAAGCUUCGAAAAUGAAAUCAGUGCUCUCACUCAAAUUCGACAUCGAAAUAUAGUCAAGUUUUAUGGGUUCUGCUCCUCCUCGCAGCAUAAGUUUCUGGUGUACGAGUACCUGGAGAAAGGAAGUCUGCAGUGCAUCCUUCAAAGUGAAUCAGCAACUGAAUUGGAUUGGGAAAAGAGAGUUAACAUCAUCAAAGAUAUAGCUCGUGCCCUGUGCUACAUGCAUCACGAUUGUGCCCUGCCCAUUGUUCAUCGAGACAUAACGAGCAGCAACAUUCUACUGAACUCAGAGUUCAAGGCGUGCGUUUCUGACUUUGGAAUUGCUAAAUUUCUGAAGACAGAUUCAUCAAACUGGAGCAUGAUUGUUGGCACACAUGGUUACAUGGCACCAGAGCUUGCUUACACAAUGAGAGUAACUACAAAGUGUGAUGUCUAUAGCUUUGGCAUGGUCGCACUCGAGGUGUUGAUGGGAACUUAUCCAGGGAGUUUUGUUUCUAUGCUUUCAUCUUCUUCGCCUAGCGGAUCAACUUUGGUGAAAGAUAUGUUAGACCAUCGCUUGACGCUUCCUGUAGAUCGAGUUGCAACGCAAAUAGCUAAAAUUUUAACAUUGGCAUUUCGGUGCGUGAAUAACCAAUCGAAGAAUCGGCCAACAAUGAAGGAGGUUAAUGAAGAAUUAAAUUACAAUCUUUGGAUGCACUCAAAUGGUGUGAAUUGAUGGACAUAGAAAUAUGAUGUUGCAAAUUGUUUAUAGGAAGAAUUAUGUUAUCAUCCACUCAACUACUAUUUUGACAGUUCUUCAUGUGGGAAGAAAAAAAAUAGUAAUAUGCAAUUGUAAGGAACUAUGUUAAAGAGAACCAUCCAA